AUGGAAGACUCGCCACAGCAGCGUAUUAAUAUUCUUAGACAGCAAUUAGAUUUUUUACAAGCUCAAUUAGGCGCUACUACAAAUUUUUUCGAGAAACAUCCAAAACAAGCAACUUUUGCUACAAAAACUUUGAACCAGCCUUCAAAACCCUUUCUUUCUCCCCAACUUGACCGUGCGAAAAGUGAUGUAUUUCCGGAGCAGAUACACCCUAUUUUAGCGUUGCAGCUAGACGACUAUGUCCUUCCAACUGAGUCAGAAAGAACGUCUGCAGUCCCUCCUUCUAAAAUGCCCAAAAAUGACGCUACCCGAUCUGGUACUGGUGAUUUAUUAAUGCAUGGACAACGAAAUCAAAAAUCCACCAAUAUUAUUCGAAAUUGUGUGGUCGAUGAAGACAGUGAUUUUGCAGUUUUGCUUACAAAAGUCAAUGAAGUAUUAGGAUCCAACGAGGAAAAAGCUCAGGACUACUAUACAGCUGAACCAAAGCAUAAUGAAAACAAUCAAGUCGAAAAAGACCUAUUGAAGAAAAUAGAUGCUAUCUUGAAUUCUGAAGAAGGGCGCACCUUUUUUGAGCAUAGAAAUAAUGACAUUAUGCUUGAAGAUCAAGAAGCACGUAAUGCGCUUGCAUCUCGUUAUGAAACAUAUGGUUCACGAGGUUGGCGAAAUCCAAAUGGUUAUGCUGUGGAUGGUCGAGAUGUGAUUUCGGAUGCUCGCCAAAGCAGUAAUCGCGCACAAUUGAGGCAUAAUGAGAAUUCAAGACUCAAUUAUGCUGCAUACGAUUUGUCAGAAAAGUUACAUCGUCAGAAACCUCUUGGAUUUGAUACUGUAACGAGAAAACAUCCAUUCUAUAAUGAUCAUAAUAAUCGUUAUUCUGGCCAUUUACUCAAAGAAAGCAACGAAACAACGAUUGGAGAUGAUGAUGAUUCCAGUAUUACAUUUGAUGAAAUACUACCUGAACGUUAUUUUGGUGACCAUACAAUUAAUAGUGAAGCCAUUGUCCAUUCAUUAUACUCGAGCAGAUUUCAACAACCCAAUAUUCAAGAACGUGAUGUUGGAAAUCAACAUCCUUUGCUAAAACAAAAGUGGCAUCACGGUUAA